ACAUUGUGUGGCAUAGAAAAGUGGCUGGCACGUUAGAAGUCCGACUUCUAUUUUCACGAAGUGCGGCUUCAUCAUGUUACGACUUCUGGUUUUAGCGUCUUUAGGCGCUGUUAUAAGCGCUAGCUUUUUACCUCAUCAUUUACUGGGGUACCCUCGCAGUCUGCAAAGUUUAUUUGGCGCCAAACGCGAAGCGGCUGUUGAGAAAAAGGAACGAGAAGUAUGCAACAAUACGGAGUGUAGAACAAUCGCAAAUUUAUUGAAGGAUAGUAUGGACGAGACCGUAGACCCAUGUGACGAUUUUUACGAGUUUGCAUGUGGGAAAUGGUCAAAGGGUAAUCCUCUUCCUGAGAAUAAAACCGAGUGGAGUUUAUGGGCUAUGGUUUCGGAUAAGAUUGAGAAUCAGGUUCUGUCGAUCAUUGAGGCUAAGCCGAAACCCAGUGAUCUUUUCGCCGUGAAGCUUGCUAAAAAGUGGUACGAAAGUUGUAUGGACACAGAAAUGAUUGAAAAAAGAGGAGCGGAACCAAUAAUAUCCACUUUGUGGAGACACGGAGGAUGGCCACUGAUUAUGGAGGAAGGCGAAUGGGAUGAUCGCAUAUAUCACUGGCAAAUAGUCGACGACCAUUUUGCUCGUUUGUUAGGAUUUAACUCGUUUCAUGACGUAUAUUACAGGAGUCUCACAUACGGAGGCAACGAAACGAUAUUGAUCGAAACAGCUCCUUUACCACUCGGUCUACGGAAAGUAUUAGAUGUCAAUGCUGCACUUGACGAUAACGACAGUAUUGAUGAAAAGAACGAAAGCGGAGAAGGUAGCCAGGAAGCGGGAAGCGAGGAAAGGGGUAAAGAACAACAAAAGAAGAAAGAGGAAGAAGAAAACGAAGAAGAAAACAAGGAAAGUGAAAACGAAGAAAGUGAAAAUGAAGAAGGUGAAAACGAAGUAUCUAUAAAAAGCAGACGCGUGAUCAAAAGGAAAAAUCACAAACGACUUGGUCAUGGCAGACACGUCUACAAAAAGGGAACGAAGAAAAGGACAAGAAGGGAUAUAGAAAAGAAAAUUGUGCAUCGAUUAUUGCAUCAGUUGAAGAAGGCGAACAAAGGAAAAUCGAAGCAUCACAUUUCUAUCAGUAAAUCGCACGCGAAAAAGCAGAACCACGAAAGCAAGAAGAAACUGCAUGGAAAGAUGACAAAGGGAAAGAAACGCCUGGGCCACGGUAAGAAGAAUAACAAAGCGAUGAAGAAACACGUUCACGAAAAUAAUUUGAAGAAAAAGUUGAACGUUCAUAAUAAUCACGCGCAGAAGAAGAUUAAUCACAGGGUUCAUCAUGUUGCGAAUAAAAUGAAAUUAGCAAACCAGAAAAAAUUAAUGGGUAACGGCACGGAAGAUACUGACAAUGACAUGGAUAACGAUAUCGAGAAUGAUGAAAAAGUGGACAAGGAUGACGAGACCAAAAAUAAUAGCAAAGAGGAGAAUACUGAGAAUGAAGAGACCAAUGAUGAUGCGGAUAAUGACGUGGAUAAGAACGACGACGAGGAAGAUGAAGAAAACGAAGAAGAUAACAAGGAUGACGCAGAAGACGAAAACGAUGAAAACAAGGAUGACGAUGUAGAAGAAAACGAUGAAAACAAGGAUGACGAUGCAGAAGAAAACGAUGAAGAUAAAAAUGAUAACGAAGAGGACGAAGAUGAAACCAAUGACGAAGAAAAUGAAGAUAAGGAUGAAGAAGAAACUGAGGAGUCUGAAGAGGAAGUUGACUUAGAAGAACUGAGAGCAGAAUACAAGGAAUUUAUGCUGAAUGUUUCGUUAAUACUUUCCAAGGCCAGAGGAAUAGAAAUACCGAAGGAAACAUUGAUGAAAGAUAUCGACGAACUGUUAGAAUUUUCGAUUAAAAUUGGAGAACUUUCACUCAAAGACGAGGAACCUGUGAACAUGACGCUUCGUGAAUUUCAGGAAGAAUAUGACACCUUGAAAUCUACUACGCGCAAUGGCAAGAUAAACUGGGUGAAGAAAGUGCAAAAGUUAUUCGCCGAGGCAGGAGUGGACAUAGAAGACGACGUAAAUAUUGCGAUAUCGAAUCCCAAAUAUAUCAAAGAAAUUCAUACGCUAUUAGAUAAAACUCCUAGUAGAACGAUCGUCAAUUAUAUUCACUGGAUGUUCAUUAGUACGGCAAUAAUGGCUGGCCCACGAGAACUUAGAUCACUGGCUGAGAAUUGGCUUGGAAGACGCAUGCAUUUUUCAUCGAGAAAGUCAGAGUGCAUACAAAUGGUGGAUUUAAAUGACAUCGUAGCCUACGAAUAUGUGCAACAGUAUUUCUCAGAGGAGACAGCGAAAACGGCUCGAGAUAUGAUCGAUGACAUUCAAAAGGAGGUCGAAUAUCAGAUCAAGGAAUCGACGUGGAUGAACGACGACACCAAACAUUUCAUUUUAGAUAAAUUGGUGAACAUGAAGAAUCUUGUUGGUUAUCCAAGCUGGUAUAAAAAUACCACGAUGGUGAAAGCAUACUUCCAAGGGCUCACAAUCGGACCGUCGUACUACGAGAACGUGUUAAAUUAUGUCAGACAUAAGAAAUGGAGAAACUUACGUCAGAUUUUGGAGCCGAUAGACACAUCGAUCGAAUAUUUGGAUCCCUUGAUGCUGAACGCAUUCUUCAUGCCUACAGAAAAUUCUAUUUCUAUAACAGCGGCUGAUUUCCAAAGUCCAUUCUUCGCUCUAAAUCGACCAUGGGCUGUCAAUUUUGGAAUUAUCGGUCUCGUCAUGGGUCACGAAGUGAAUCAUGGAUUCGACGAUGAAGGUCAUCUUUACGAUCACGGAGGAAACUUAAUGGAAUGGUUGUCCGCAAUGGCUGAUGCUUACAAUCAAAGAGCAGAAUGUUUCGUCGAUCAAUUUAACCGAUAUAGUAUCAUUCAAGGGGAAAAUUAUACGAUCGAGAACUAUGGCAAUCAAACAGCAGGUGAAAAUAUCGCUGAUACAAUGGGUAUGCUAGCUGUGUUCAGAGCUUACAAACGACGACAACGGGAAUGCGGAAAUCCUGAUCCAGCUUUACCGGGAUUAGAAAAGUUCAACAACGACCAAAUUUUCUUCUUGUCGUUUGCCAACUUAUGGUGCGAAACCAUAGAUCGAGAAUCUUUGAUACUCAGCGCCAAAUACGACGUUCACAGCCCAGGACGUUUGCGAGUAAUUGGUUCGGUAUCGAAUUCAGAAGACUUCGCUAAAGCUUUCAAUUGCCCGGUUAAUAGUCCUAUGAAUCCUAAAAAGAAGUGCAACAUAUGGGUGUAAUUCAAAUAAUAUCGAAACUUCGAAUAUUUCCACGUUUCUACUCACCGUUUGAACAUUGAUAUUCUACUAGGUAACAAA